GAGUGUCGCUGCGCCGCUGCUGCGCCGCUCCCGAUGCUGCCGCCCCGGCUCCCGCUGCUGCUGGCCGGCGGCUGGGCGCUGCUGACCGUGGCCGAGCUGCCGGUCCCCGAGCGGCCGAUCCGCUGCCCCCCUUGCUCCGAGGAGAAGCGAGCCGGCUGCAAGGUGCCGCAGGGCUGCGAGGAGCUGGUCCGGGAGCCGGGCUGCGGCUGCUGCGGGACCUGCGCCCUGGCCAAGGGCCGGCGGUGCGGGGUCUACACCCCCCGCUGCGGCUCCGGCCUCCGCUGCUUCCCCCGCCGGGGCUGCGAGCGGCCCCUUCACUCCCUCAUGCACGGACAGGGGGUGUGUAUGGAGGUGGCAGAGAUCGAGAGGAUUCAGGGCAGCCUGCCCCGGCCAGAGAUUGACGAUUACUGGGAACUGGAAUACCCAGACAGCAGCCACAUCCCCUGCCACUCCUACGACAAGAAAUGCAUCGCCAAACACUACGCCCGGAUUCGCGAGAAGACGCACAAUAAUGGAAAGUCGAAGAACAACCACAUCCGUGAUGAGCCUCGGAUAAUGGGACCCUGCCAUGGUGAGCUGCAGCGAGUGCUGGAGAGGUUUGCAAUGUCACUGAGUCAGACACAUGAAAAUUUGUACCAUAUACCUAUCCCCAACUGUGACAGGAAGGGAUUUUAUCAUCCAAAGCAGUGUCACCCAUCACUGGAUGGACAACGUGGGAAGUGCUGGUGUGUUGAACCAAAGACGGGGGUGAAAGCGAAAGGGUCUCCGGAGGUGAAAGGAGACAUUGACUGUCAGCAGUUCCUCAUGGAGCAGGUGAAGGAAUGAGCAGCAGCAGAAGAUUCUUCAUCAUUCUCCCAAAAAACAAACAAUUUUCUUUCUAAUACUGUCCUGAAAUGAAGAGGGGAACUACCACAAGUUGAAUCAGUGUGUGCUGUGAGAUGCAGGAAUGUGCAACUACAGCCCAUUCAAAUCUCACAAAAUCUCUCUCAUUAUCGAUCUUGAUGAUCACAGAAUCUUUCUGAGCUCACAUCUGCUUCUUAUAGAGGUGUUUCUGUUGGCUAAAGUCUUCCAACUUUGAUAUUUUUCUGACGUUUGUAUCCAUGUUCCUGUGGGUUUGCUUCACUGUCGGCUGUUUGCUUAUGUGAAUCGCACACUCCAACCAACCAAUACCUAAGAACUCACAACCCAUGCGAUAGGACCCCUUCUCCCUGUGAAUAACGUUCAGACUGGGAGCCAGGGUGUGAUGUACUAGAAGUUGAAGAACAUGAGCUGUAUCUCCUGCCCCACCUGCCUGCCAGUCUAGCCUUGUGGAAAAUGUACUUCCACAUGGCCCCCCUGAGCAAACUGAACAAAAUCUUUUAACUUUUCACAACCACAAUAAGUUGGCUGUGUUUUCCCGGAGCACCUGGUAUGAAAACUGCAGCCCCUGAGAAAGGGGGGGGGGGUGGAGCAGACUUGAUGGGCCGAAUGGCCUAAUUUCUGCUCCUAUGUCUUAUGGGUGGGUGCGGAGAUGGGCUGGACGGCAUUAACUCCUUCUACUAGGGCACUGUCACUCCAAAAUCACCGUAUCUCACUUACCACCUCAUUCCCUCCCGGGUAUCAGCCUGUCUCAGGCCGGAGCCUCUGUGCUGGUGGCACAUGGGAUCCUGAUGCAAUAUUGCAGCAUGCACAUGGGCUGUGCCCAUUGGUACUUGGUACAGAGGAGCCCAGACAGCGCCCCUUAAAGGAUCCUUCGUGUCCCUUCUGGCUGCACAGAAGUCUUCUGACUCUAGUCUUAGCCCUUGGGGUCCUGAUCACGGGAUUGGUUACCUGUAAGUGUUUGAACAGUUUCUGAGGAAAAAUGAAAAAGAUACUUGAUCCUCCCAUUGACCUGGUCACAUCAGCCAUUCACUCAGUGUCUACUCGCAGUUAAAAUCAACCCAUGGCCUCUCACUAAACAUUUUAUAAAUUUUUUGGGAAGCUCCAUUGUUUAAUCCCUUCAUUGUCCAAUGAACCCUUAAUACUCUCAUCACGUUAUAAUCCAGGCUAUUUGAAAUCAGUUUUCAGAAAAACCAGCAAGUUACAGGCGCAGGUUACAACCUGCACCAGAGAUUGGGUUGAAAGCAUUGAGGUCAAACUAGAGCACAGAGUUCAAACCCUUGAAAGGGCAUUUUCCCCUCUUUUUGUUUUAUUCAUUUAUGGGAUGUGGGCUUCGUUGGCUGGGCCAGCAUUUAUUGCCCAUCCCUUUUUGCCCUGAGAAGGUGGUGGUGAGCUGCCUCCUUGGACCACUACAUGUGGUGUGGGUACACCAGACCCACAGUGCUGUUUCCCCAGGGUCGAGAGGGGGGAGUGUGAUUCAUGGCUUCACAGAUGGAGGGAGAAGGCGGACACUAACUCAGGAGUAUCUGAAACAGGGAGGAGCUGAAAAAUGAAGGAUGUUAGAAUUUUUAAAAAGGGCAUCAGGAAUAAUGAGAGGUCGGCAGCCCAUAAGCCCACAGAGCCAGAUCAGUGCUGUGCAAGCCAGUGAUUUCUGAGCAAGCAUGGCGAGGGGGGAAGUAUAAAAUUGUCUAAUGAUGCAACAUGUGCUUCCAUAGUCUCCUGCCUCAGACUUGAGCAGCAGUCUACCCAGUUUGUGCAUUAUCCUUUCAGGUGUCAACCCCAGUCAGUGAUGCUUGAAUCAGCAUGGUCUGAUUCACAAUUCGAGCAUUGUAGGGUCAGACUGUCCUUACUGUGAGGUGGGAGGUUCUCUGGUGCUGAUGUUGGUCCUGGUUAGGAAAACAGCAGAAAUUUGCAGAUGUUUGAAGAAUUGUGGCUUGAGAGUGGCUUUCAAAACCUCUCCAUUACACCAAGUGGAAUAUUCAGUGUUGCAUUAAUUCCUCUGUCACCCAUACGUUUCAAUGGCGGAAAAUCCAACCAAUGGGACCGUACAGGAAUAAAAUGUCAUCUUAUUUAAAUUUUCCUACAUUGUUUCUUCCUUCAUAUCUAGGCAGAUCACAGUUAUACAUCAAACACUAGCCAGAAGGGUCCUGUGGAGCGAGUGAAACAGAAAACAGGAGGCUCAAUGUACACGGGAAGGAAAUAGAGGGAAAUGGAAUUGGGUGGGAAGAGAUAAUGAGAAUGGAAGGAGGCUCAUGUGGAAUAAAAACACCAGCAUGGAGCAGAUGGGCCGAAUGGCAUGUUUCUGAGCUAUAGUAACUGUCAGAUUCCAUGUAUAAUGAAAAUCCCCCACCCAAACUGAGAGAUUGAACUAAUCCAUCAUCCCCAAAUGGAUGAUUUUGAUUGGUCCAUUGUCAUCACUUCCCCCUGCUGAGGAGCUGAACUCCAAAUUCCUUCAGAGUCCUUUUUCUCUGCAGCAGAAGGAUGAUUAAGCCCUUGUUUAACAAAAAAUCUAUUUGUUGGCAAUGGUUGAACCAAAGAACACGUCACAUUUUGUUGGUUGUUAUUCUUGCCUUUCCUCUUGUAAUGAGGUGGAUCCUGUCGUGUCCCAUCUCUGGGUAUGUUGACAUGACAGGCUGCUUUACGAUUCAUAGUCGCCAUCUCCCAAUUGGACAUUGAGCUGUUGCUGAAUAAAGAGAGAGAAAAUGCCCCCGAAACUGCAACUGCUGAUAGCACAGAGCCUCAGGGUAACUAACACAAGGGAACGACUUGGUUCAUGCACACAAUGAAAAACUACACAUGAUCCAACUUCAUACUGAGAAUUCCUAACUCAUGGGACAUGCUGUCAAUCAGCUCAGUAACUCAAAAAAUAGAAAAAAUGUUGACAGAUUAGUAUUUGUUUCGAGGACAGGCUGGAAGUGAAAACUGUUGAGGCAGCUGCAGGGAGUGAAUAUCCUCCUGUUCCCAGUUGCUACUGUUUGUCUCUCAAAGAAACUGGGAGCUCCCCUCAAACGGCGGUUUGAGUGCAGCUGAGCUCGAUUCUUGAUGUCCUCGAGAAACGAUGGUUUAACACAGGGUGAGGAGAAACUCUCCCUGCUCCUUUCUACACCGACCUCCGUUUAGACAGUCGGAAAUUCAUUCUGUGAGGUCAUGAGCCCAAAACUCAAACCUGCUCCUUAUUCAGCAUGAAAUUGGCCGUUGUUCUGAGAGAGGGCACAGGUUGGUCGGUGUGGGAACAGGAAGAUGCCACCUUGCUGCCUGUUGAAGUUCAGUCUUGGGUGAUAGUUUCAGUGAGAUACAUAUUCCAAUCCUCAGGAUACCUCCGACUUUUUAACGUAGUGUCCGUCUCCUCUGGCAUUGUAGCAGCAGAAUUGCCCUCUGCUGGGAGCCAAGUGACUUUUGGCCCUGGUUAUGGUGAGGUCACCAGUGCGCAGGCUCACCGCUGCUGGGAGUCGAUUCUUGGCAGAGAUCUCUUAAUGGGUUGAGAUUGAACCUUGUUUCUGUUAUGCCAUUUCACUGUUUCAAACCUUAAAUUUUUUCAGGCCCUGCAUUUGGCCAUGGUUUCGAUGUAGGAACCAUUUAUCCAUCUCCCCAAUGACUUCCUGAUGCUGGAACCCAUUUCACACUUGCUAACAGGAACUGUUAGUCAGCGUGCUAGGUGGAAAAAUGGAGAAUUAAGCACAUUGUCUGUCUGUCUGACUGUCUGACUGACCUGACCUGACUUUACUCCCAGUUCUAUGGAGCUCGAGGCUUGUCUGUAGCCAACACCCAAUAGUGUUUCCAGCACUGGUAUUAUGAGGUUUCUGGGAGCCUACAAGCCAGAACAUGACCCUCGCUCCAGGAGAUAAAUAUGUGAUUAACCCCUUUCUAGCAAAAUAUCAGACCCUGAGUACAUUCACCCCUGCACCAACCCCUCUGCUGUGCUCUGUCCUUUCAAUCUCACAUUGCACUUAAUGUGAGCAAAAUUGGAACAAAAAUUCAAGGUGAUUCUGUUGCUGUUGAAUGGGGGGGGGCGGCGGGGGGGGCAGGAUUAAUCGUUACAAUUUCUGAUGCGUAAAAAACAACUCAGCGAUAUUAGAUGGUGCGAGAAACAGGAAAAAGGAUUGUGUGGACACUGUAGCAACUUCUGAGCAAAGGAAGGAAUCAAAACCUGAUGAUGUUACCUUCAAUUGUAUAAAGAAUAGGGACAUGUGAUUACCAACACAUAAGAUCUACAUUUUACACUUACUGAUGGUAAUCUUUAAUACCUGUGAUAUUCAGAGCCUUUUUAAAAUACUAUGUUAGAGUGUGUUUUUGUAAAGUAUUGAAAUGUAAUAAAUGCUGAGACAAUA